AAAUAGUUAACACAGUAGCAGUUGGCGCCUUCUUCCUCAACCGUCACCGUUUCUCUCAAACAAUGGCUGCGAUCAAAGUCGCUUCACUCUUGACUCUCUUCUUAUUCUCUCCAUCCUUAAGCGUAGAUGAAUCUGUCCUUCCGAAAUUUUCUUUCAGUUGGUCAGAUGAUAAAAACAAGUUUAAAUCUGGUGAAAUCGCCAGAAUCUCGAUCAAAGUUCUUGGAAACUUCGAAACCAAUGGGAACGCUUCGUUAGGACAGGGAGCGUUUAAGCCGACACUUACUGUCAACGGCAAAACUGGGAACAGUACGUACGUAUCUGGAGUUUCGCAGGAUCUUGGUGCCGAUAUUAGCACGUGGAAGAUUUCUUUUAUUCCCAUCGUUGUUGGGGUUCUCAACAUCGUUAUAGAUGAUGAAACUUUCAAAGUUCUGGAUUCGUCGUUACAUUUUGAAGUCGAACCAGGGUUAAUGCACCCAUCUGUCAGUGUUGUUUCAUGGAUGGGUCUUAACAACGUGUUUGAAGCUGGGAUGAAUGCAUCGAUCUUGAUUCUUCCAAUGGAUGCAUUUGGAAACAACAUCUCCUUUUCCGGGAAGGAGAUGGAGCUGCAGGGGUUUUCCUUGUCUCUUCAGAAUGAAAAUGGUUCAUUUGCUAUCAUUUUUAAUACAACACACAUCAGAUGGAUGGAGUCUGGUUAUAUUUCCAUUGAGUUUGUUCUUGUCACUGCUGGAAAAUUCUUACUGCUCGUGGAGAAAGAAAGCCAAGCCCUGAACGGUGUUCCACUACCUCUUGAGGUUAAUUCAGGGCCUCUAGAUGUUUCAAACUGUGUGAGCAUAUGGAAGUCAGAGCUGAACACAUGGCAGAUAUUUUCCAAAAUGGAGAUCAUGUUACACCAGAGAGACCGGUUCGGAAACCUAGUAUCUGGAUUCUACGAGUUUGAUGCUGAUGUGGUGGGGAAAGAGACAGGCUUAUCCAUACCGGUAGCAGAUUUCCAGUUUGAGUAUGUAGAGCCAGGGAUCCAGUUGAUGUCUUUCACCUUGUCUGAGCCAGGAAACUUCUUGCUCACUCUUUCUGAUAUGGAGCACAAUAAGAGCAUCUCUAGUAUGCCUUAUGAGUAUACAGUCUAUAUAGGCUAUUGUGAUGGAUCAAGAAGUAUUGUGAAUGGUUCAGGGCUCAAUGCUUCUAUUGCUGGAGAGUCUCUUGGCUUCUCUAUUUACCUGAAAGAUGCUUAUGGCUAUCCCUCAUCAGUCCAAGUGAAUAUACUUCAGGUUAAAAUCACCCAAGAGGCUGAUUCUUCCUAUAUUUUGCCAACAAUAAAUCCUAGAGAGACCCUCAAUGGUACCAAAGUAUCAAGUUACCUAGUUGCUCCACCGUUGUAUGAGAAACAUGUGAGAAGUUUAACUGUAUAUGUUGUUGUACAGACUCCAUCACGCCUAAUGACGUCCUUCUUGCAGGUUUCUGGUAGCUUACUUACUCAGACGAGUAUCUUUGACGUAUCUUAUACUCCAAGACAGAGUGGAGUUUAUAAGAUCUUUCUAUCCUCUGGGAACAUAGUCCUCAAUGGAGGCCAACCUUUCAUCAAGGAAGUAAAACCAGGUGAAGUGAAUGUGGCAUAUUGCAUUGUGACACAAUUCAAUGCAAAAGUGCCAAGGGAAAUCAAGAAUGAUAUUGUGGUCUUACUAGUUGACAACUUCAACAAUCCUGUACCGUCACAGCCAUCUCGGUUAAACCUGGAGAUUACCUCAGCCAACACAUCAAGUUUCACUACAUGGAACUUUGUCGAUAACACUGAUGGGACAUAUAUUGGUAGCUAUCUAGCCAUGGACGUUGGUACUUACCGGAUGUGUGUGUCCUUUGACGAUAAACAUAUCCAGCCUUGCCCCUUUGACGUCAAUGUGUACAGCAGUGGAUACUUUCCAAAGGCCUAUGAUGAUGAAGUCAACGUGUGGGAAGAUGAGUCCAUCUCUUUCUAUCCUAUGGAAAACGACUACGUUGCUGGUGACAAUGCGAGCCUUGUUGGUUUUUCACAACCGGAUCAUGGUUCUCUUUUGAGAGAUGGGAACCUCCUUAGAUACACACCGAUCAAGGACUUCUCCGGAAACGACUCCUUUCUUUACACAAUAGUCGAUAUCAAUGGAAACUUAGGCAUAGCUACAGUUUACAUCUUUGUUCUUACAGCUCCUCCUCAGUUUGUAUCCUUUUCUGGAGGGUUGCAAGCAACUGAAGAUCAAAUUAGUCCUAGAUCAGGGCAAGUACUCUUCAUUUUGUUGUCUUUAAUCCCCACUUCAGGUAUCAUAAUCUUAUUCUUGAAUGUUUAUUACUACAGUGGCUUCUCUGGUCUGGAGAUAAGUUACUCAGACAAGCUGGAGAAUAUUUCAGUAACGGUUCAAGCACUUUCGGGAUCGGUUAUUCUUUCUCCAAUGCUGAUGCAGUUUAGGUUGCCUGGUAGUGGAAGACUCUCAGUCAGAAACGGUGGUGAAGAUGGAAGGCUCUUGAUCUUAGAAGGACAAAUAGGAGUUAUCAAUUCUGCACUUCAUUCAAUACAAUAUCUAGGGAACGAGAAUUUUUCUGGUGUUGAUUCCCUUCGGCUUACUACAAGGAACAAGAAUGGGAUUAAUCAACUAGAUGUUCCUGUCUUUGUGGAACCUGUCAAUGAUCCACCGUUUAUAAAUGUUCCUCACUAUAUAAUGCUUGAGAGUAAUGGGACAGAGUCGCUUAUCUUCCACAAGGAAACAGACAAGUUCAACUUCUCAGUUGGAGAUUCAGAUCUUGCUGGUUUCCCUGGUGGUGAAUCCCAUUUCUUAGUAACGUUUUCUGUGGAGGUUACUGAUGGGUUUCUGCGGACAAACUUACCAUCCGAGCUUAUAAACACAACAGAGCUAAAGUUCAAAAACAUAUUCAGGUGGCAGCCAAUUCAGACUUACGCUUCCAUUUCUAAACACGUGAAUGUCAAAGCCAGUGGGAUCAGGUUUCGUGGAACGAUAAAGCAAUGCAACGACCUAAUGGAACAGCUGCUCCAUCGCGGAGGAGAGAACGGAGCUAUCAUGACCUUGAAAAUGAGUGACAUGGGGAAUUACGGGUGCUUUCUAGAUUGCAUUGAGAGAAUAUCACUGCCGUUACACGUGGUGGCUCGUGUAAACCUUAUUAGAAAGAGACCCCUAAGUUCCCUUGCAGCUCACGGUACGUGUAUGAAUGACUUAAGAGUUUCGAUUAGGUUUGGUUUACUUGGUUUAAAUACCUUUUGUCACUUGGUUGCAGUUUUAGGAUCUGUGAUUGUGGUGGAGUCUCUCGUGGUAUUCUCUCUCGCUAUUGUGCUUCUGUUCUUCACUUGCAAAUGCGCAUUUCUUCUCGUACACGAGAGAAGAAGCGAACAUAGUGUUCACAUGAAUCCGCAGAAACCAACGGUGGACAAUGCCAAAUUGUUAAAUGACAAUGUUUCAACAAGAAUUGUCACUCGUUGUUUCCCGGAGAGUAUCUGGAACCGCCAUGCACCUAACAGACAAGUCGGCGAAACUUCUGCCACGCAGAACAAGGAGUUGCCAGAGAUUAACAUUGUUCCGUUCGAGCUAGAGAAAGGCUAGAAGUUGAUGAAUCUGAGCCAUCAUGAUGACAUACCCGUGCAACCUAGUGACAUACAAUCAAGUAAUUCGGAUAAAAAAGGUGAAAAUAUAUGCAAAAACAAGAAAGCCAUAUAAAACAAGAAAGCCAUAUAUAGGCUAUGUCCUCAUGAUUUUAUGUUUGUUCUAACAUCUCCUUAUUUUUUUUAAGCAGUUCUCAUCACAAAACAUAUAUAUUUUUUCUUUAUAAAGUUCCUUAAACCA